UGACAAGGUUGCAUCUCAUAUGAUUCUAGACAAAAUGGGAUUGAAAGGCUAUCAGAUAGGAAAGAACAAGGUCUUUCUGCGGGCUGGUCAGAUGGCUGAGCUUGAUGCUAGAAGAACCUACAAAGUUUUCAUUGCAGCCAGGAUCAUUCAAAGGCAAAUUAGAACCUACAUUACACGGAAGGAAUUCAUUGCAUUGCGUCAAGCUGCAGUUCAAAUGCAAUCAUGUUGGCGAGCCACCGUAGCCACCACCUCGUCCGGUUCGUCGCAAACAGAUCUACUCCAGCCACCGCCGCCAUUGCUGCCUUCUUUCCUGCCUCCGCGACCACUCGCCUCCACCCCAACCACCAACCGCUCCAGCCACCGCGUCGUCUGCCAUGCGUCCAAUCCUCCACCGCAAACAGUAGAUUUGAUCUGCAGGGAGUUCCUGUGAAAAUGGUUGCUGCCGGUGCUGAACAUACAGCUGCUGUGACAGAAGAUGGUGAGCUUUACGCUUGGGACUAGCAUAUUUCAGGUGGAUGGAGACACACCAUGAUAUUUGAAAUGCAUUUAUAACCAACUUAUGCAUUGUUCUCUUGUUUGAGGAGCUAUUUGUCUAUUCCUCAUAUGGUGGUCCAUUUGUAUUUUUCUACUGCUAGAUCAUUAAUCCCAGGUUAGAUGACUAUUUAUUAACUGUUUGAAUUUGUGAAAUGUCAUUAUAGUAGUUUUAUUGUUUGUAAGAUUAUAGCAUUUUUUUUCUUGGUUUGUUCUUAGAUACAUGUGCAUACUUAUAGGAUUUGGUAAAUUAUUGGAUUUGAUAUUUGCUAUGAA